AUGGCAGAAGCGCGGCAAAAUAGGAAAGCGGUCGCUGUCAUUGGAUCCGGGAUGGCAGGAUUGGUCGUUGCUUAUCUGAUCCAGCAAGACAAGCAUUCACGGUAUGACGUGCAAAUAUUCGAGACGCAAGAUCGGUUGUCGUUGGACUCUGCCUCAUACACCAUUCCCUCGCUAGACGGAGAGAACUCGUUACCUGAUCGUGUCGAUAUACCAAUGCGCGUGCUUGACAACGGAUUCCACGUGCAGCUCAAGCGAAUGUACGACUUUCUCGGAAUUGGAUACACAAGACAGAAAUUUAUAUACUUGCUGUCCAAGUCAUCGGCCGAUAAUGAGAAAAGACGUCCCUAUUUCUUACACUCUUCCAGCAACCAUCAAGUACCACCACUUCGACUACGAAGUCAAGGCUAUGUGGAAUGGGUUAUGCAGAUGAUAUACCUGGCGACGUGCUAUUUUUGGUUCGCAUUUUGUUGCUUCUAUGUCAAGCCGAAAACUGAUCCUAUAUCCAAUGAAGAUGAGACGUUGCGAACGUAUCUCGAAAGGAUUCGACUACCACAGCGCUACGUCAAGGAUUACUUUUUGCCUCUCAUGUCAGGUGUAACGACCUGUCCGCAUGAUGCGCUGCUUGACUUUCCGGCCAUCGACAUAACGGGGUAUGCAAGGGGAACCUAUCGCCAACCCCAUUACGCAGUCCUCGGUGGUGUUCAAGUCGUUGAGAAGAAAGUGGCCAAGAAUCUGACCGUCAAUCUUCGCGCGACGGUGACAUUAGUAAAGAACAUCGGCGCAAGGUCUCAGGUUACUUGGGUCGAUUUUGAUGGGGAGAGCCACUCUGCUGAUUUUGACCACGUCAUCAUGGCUGUCACACCAAAUGUGGUUGGUGCACUGUAUGGCCCUCUCCGCGAAGCAAUGAAGGUAAUCCCUGUUUUUUCAGGAGAGUCGGUAGUUCAUCGCGACCAAUCGGUGAUUGCUGAGUGUUCCGAGUCACUGAAAAGAGUCGCUGCUAAGGCUCAGGGCGACGUGCAGGUAGUGCACGUUCACUCCAAUUUACAGUCAACAGAGACGGCGUAUGGCAAAGCAUCUGUUUUUGUAACAAAUUUUCCUGUUUCUCUCAUCAAGCCAGAUCAGAUAGUACACCGUGCUCGACUCAAUCGGGUGUUGCGAACUCCUCAAAGCAGGAGAAUCAUCAACGAAAUAUUCGCUGAAGUCAAGAAGAACUCAACGCUGAAAGAUCCAGAGAAGGACCAGAUCUGGCGGAAUGGAACUGACAACGUUUGGCUUGUUGGUUCCUGGUGUUGGGAUGGAAUGGUUCUCCUCGAAGGUUGCGUUGUGUCGGCGAUGAGGGUUGCAACUAGCUUGGGAGUCGACAUACCAUGGAUGGAUGGACAAUAA